GUCGCCGUAAAAAAGCAAAUUUCGAAUCUUUUUCGUGGAUUUUGUGAAUUUUGUGAAUUUCGGGAUAAAUAUAAAGACGAUUAGCGCAGAAUAUCAUCAUUCGCAACUUCCGCCGUCGCUUCAACUACGAAAAAGGAUUCUAGAUCCUUUUACAACACCGCCGGAACUAAUUUUCAAUCAACUCCGGGGAAUCUGCGGCCUCGAUCCGGAAGUCGCGGAGAGAAAACCCUCGGAAAUCGUCUGGAGCAUCAGGAAGGUCCUUCCGGAUACCAAAGGAACAGAUUGCACCGGAUUAACGCUCCAACUCACAUCCGGCAAUCCGUCCAGAAAGAUACAGUAAAACUGGAUUAUUCGGAUUAUAUAGACUCACAAACAGUGGGUGUUUAAUUAUGCUGGAAGGGUGGUAUUGUAGAAGCAUGCACGAGCAAGCGCGCCAGCAAAGUGAGAUGGACUCGUUCAACACGGAACCGGAUCUGGAGAACGAAAGCACCGAGGACGAGAGCGACGACGAAGGAUCCGGCAAGCGCGAAGUCGACUACAAGACCCUGUACACCGAUUUAAAGAAGAAACUUAAAAUCCUGCUCUACGAAAACGUGUACUUCCAAAACAAUCUGCGAGCUAAUCAGAGGCGGUUGUUGAAAGUGACCCGCGAUCGAUCGUUUCUCCUGGAUCGUCUGCUGUGCUACGAACGACCGGAUCUUUCGUCUUCGGACAAUGAGACGACGGAUUCAUCGGAGGACUCGCUGCGGAUAGAACCGGUCGUGAAGAAACGGCGCUCCGACGCUAACCCUUCCAGGUCGUCGACGGUGGUGCAGACCAAGCGCACCAACAAAAAAGGGCCCCGGAAACAAUCGGCACAGCAAGGACCGUCGCAUCAAGGGACAUCGCAGCAGAACUACGCGGUAGCAAGUGGGGGCAGUGUCGGGAAUCAAGCAGAAAUACCUCAGCUACAUAAACCUCCCUCCGAGUUGCUGGAAUCUCCAUUCAUUCCCGACAUCAUCAAGUCAAACCACGCGGAUAGUGCUCCCGGCGAGAAGCAGUUGACUAAGGAGGAGAUUGAAAGACAUCUGCAGUCUCGUAAGAUGGUGCCGGAAGUCGUACCGGAAGGGGAACUGCCGAGUGAAAUGUUUAACAACAAUCCAUCCAGCGAAUCUAACGACGGCCUGGAUGAGCCUUCCGUGGGCAACUUUGAGGACGACUGUUUUCCGGCGGAUCUCAAUUUACUGCAAUGAAUGUAUUUUUCUGUAAAUUUGCAUUUCACAUUUCGUCACGAUUCACAAUAAAGUCCUCGUGUAGGUA